GAACAAGUCUCCUCUCAUAUCAUGAAGCAACUGAAAGCUGCAGCCGAAGAUCAACUUGGUACGAACAUCACCCAUGCCGUCGUUUCCGUCCCAACAUACUUCAACGAUACCCAGAGACAAGCAACAAAAGAUGCUGGCAAGUCUGCAGGUUUAGAAGUUCUCCGUGUUGUCAAUGAAGCAACUGCAGCUGGAAUAGGAUAUGAACUUGAUCGGAGCAAUGACGAACUUAACAUCCUCGUUUAUCAGCUUGGCUUCAACACAUGCGAUGUUACUCUGAUGACUAUUGAUCGAGGAGUGUUUGAGAUCAUGUCUCUUGAGAUCAUGUCUCUAGCCAGUGCGAAGGUUAGUAGCGAACAAUACGAUCAAGCAGUCCUUGAACAUGUCAUUGGGACGCCAGACAUGAGAUCUCAGGUUACAAAAGCGUUGAAUACCCUAUCAAGCAAAACAUCGGCCAAGAUCACUUAUUCUCUCGCACAAAAGGAGCUAAAAGAGGUUCAUGAAAGAACAUUCAACAGGACGAUACCAUUGAUCAAAAGAGUCCUCAAAGAAGCCAAGUUGUAUAAAGGUCAAAUCGAUGGUAUAAUCCUCACUGGAGAACCUCGGAAUGCCGCAAGAAUACGACCAUUUGUGGAAGCCUAUUUUGGCAAGAAGGUUCUCGAAGGGAUCAGUUCAGACGAAGUGAUCGUUCGAGGCAUUGCCAAGCAAGCUGAGGUGCUUGGUUAUGAGUCGGAUGGUAUGUUUCCUUUUCAAUUUUGGGGUUACACUCCGUUGUCAUUAGGAAUUGAUAAUGGAGGCAUCUUCAUCUGUGUUGUUCCUCGAAAUUCGGUCUUACCUACAUCGAAAAGGAUUACCAUCGUCACUGUUGAGGAUAGCCAGACAUCAAUACAAUUGAACGUACACGCAGGAGCAGGAUCGAUUACUAGCAAGACCAAAUUCCUUGGGACUUUGAAUGUUCCUGUGACUCCAGGAGUUCCAGUUGAUGUAUAUUUUCAGGUCGACACGAAUGGAGGUUUGGAAGUGAUAGCAGGAGAUGUGAAGCUUCAGAUUGAGGAUAUUAGGUAUAGUGGCAGGUUAGACGAGGUGGAUUGGAUGAUCAUGGAAGCAGAGAUUGAAUGGGAAAAAGAUUUGGAGGAGAAGGAGGUGAUUGAGAAGAAUGGGAUGGGAAGGUUCAAGGUUGUGGAUAGAAUUGUCAAGAAUUCGUAUAAGGAGAGAGAGACAGGGUGGCUUGGAAGAUCUUGGAGAAGCGUUUAUGGUACAUUUUUGGUUGAUGGUUUUGCGCGUUGA